CAGAUCAACUACCAUAUCAGAAAGCUUUCUGAGGACUGCAAACCAAGGUGGGAUGAACUUUUAAAGUUAAAGUGUGAAACUAUUAUCUUUGUCACUAUAGCUUUUAGCAGCUUAGGCUCUCUUCCUGAUAAGGAGUUCUCCUGGCUAGUCAUAAAUCUAGAGAGUUAUAUUAAGAACAGGGCCCUUCCUGCCCAUUGGAUUUUACGGGACCAGAUUCGGAAAGUUAUAUCAAAUACUCUAAGGAAGGAUAAUACAAAGCCUUUUCUUGCAAGUUAG